AUGGGAGAAAGCUGGUUCGCAAGAGAAUUCCUUGCUCCCCGGCGACUCGCUUUCAACGUCAUCUGGUAUGGGAUACACUUCUUUCUGUUUGCGUACGGGUGGCACAGCCAGGAAACGAACAAGAAGCUCGCUGCGCUCAACUUGCUGCAAUAUUCUGUUUGGGUCAGUCGCGGUGCUGGCCUCGUCCUCGCAUUCGACGGCGCAAUGAUUUUAAUUCCAAUGCUGCGAAACAUUAUCAGGGUUGUCCGUCCCAAAUUAACAUGGCUCUUCCCUGCCGACGAGAACAUCUGGUUCCACCGACAAGUGGCCUACUCGAUGGCUUUUUGGUCUGCCGUUCAUACAACAGGACACUACGUCAACUUCAUCAACGUCGAGCGAGCGCAAGUCCGAAAGCAGACCGCUCAGGAGAUCCAUUACCAACAGCCUGGUGGCUUCACUGGCCAUUGGAUGCUGCUGAUCAUGUUGCUUAUGUAUACAACUGCCCACCAAAAGAUUCGUAACCAGUGCUUCGAGGCCUUUUGGUACACCCAUCAUUUGGCGUUCUUCUUUAUGCUGGGUCUUUACACACACGCUACUGGGUGCUUUGUGCGUGACACAGUUGACCCAGCGUAUACCGACGUCUUCCCCUUCUAUGACAACAAGCACUGCCUCGGUUAUCUUGGAUGGCGCUACAACAUUUGGCCUGGCGUGCUCUACUUCGGCGAACGUGUCUAUCGCGAAUAUAGGGCGCGUCGCUCAACCCGCCUGUCACGGGUUUUGAUCCAUCCCAGCGGCGCUAUGGAGCUUCGUAUCGUCAAGCCUAGCUUCAAGUACACCCCUGGACAAUGGCUCUUCCUUCAAGUCCCCGAAAUUUCGCGUUGGCAAUGGCAUCCCUUCACCAUUACUUCUGCUCCCGAUGACCCCUAUGUAUCUGUUCACGUCCGCCAAGCUGGAGAUUGGACCCAUUCUUUGGGCGAGCGCCUUGGUGUCGGCCCAUCAGUUGUUGCAUCAAUGACGAAGAGGGCAAUGAGUGGCACUGAGAAGGAGGACAAAGUCUCUGGCUUCCGAGGCGACUUCGUUGAGCUCGAUUCGAGUACGACUGGCGAGAUGCCCGUUGUUCGCAUUGAUGGACCAUACGGAGCACCCGCUGAGGAUGUUUUCAACGUUGAAGUUGCUGUGUUGAUUGGGGCUGGUAUCGGUGUUACGCCAUUUGCUUCCAUCUUAAAACACAUAUGGUAUCGCCAGCGCAAGGGCAAUCUUGGAACCCUCCGCCGUGUCGAGUUUUUCUGGGUAUGCCGUGACGCCCCCUCAUUCGGAUGGUUCCAGAGUCUGCUCGCUGAAGUUGAGGCAGCACAAGCUGAUCCCAACUUCCUCCGAAUUAACAUUUACCUGACGCAGAAAAUCACUGAGGACAUGCUAUGGAAUAUUGCCGUGAACGACGCCGGUGCUGCUUACGAUCCGUUGACUCUGCUUCGCACAAGAACCAUGUUUGGGCGCCCUGACUGGAUGACGAUCUACGGUCAAAUAUCCCGUGCGAUUUCCGAAGGCCAAUAUAUUCCUGGUACUGGCGAGCAGCUCAAGACCAAAGUUGGCACAUAUUUCUGUGGGCCCACUCCUCUGGCAAAGAUCAUCAAAGAAGCGACUGUUCACCAUUCAAGCGACCGUGUUGAGUUUUUCUUCGCCAAGGAACAUUUCUAA